AUGAGUAAUGCAAAGCUUUGGGCUGCAAAUUUCAUACAGUUUAAAAACUCUCUUGGUCCGCAAAACAAGAUCUACAUUUCUUGUGGGGGCAACGUAGCAUUCAAUUUUUUUUUGAACCCUCGAGAAAUCUAUAAUUUUUCUUUUCAUGGUUAUACUUUUAAAAAGAACGUAAUAGAUUGUGUCAUAACACAAACUAUUGCAAAAGACAAGAUGGCAAAGAUUAGAGCUUAUUCAGGUGGGAGUGCUUUAUUUGAACAUGGUAAAAAAAACUAUUGGGAUUUUAGAGAAGAUGGAAUUUAUUUUACACAUGGUAAAGCAAUACCCAAGUUAGACUAUAAAUGGUCUACUCCUCCAAAGAAAAAGUUAUAAAUGACUCUCUUUUUUAAUAAUCGCCAUACAAAUUUUUUGUUUCUCAUAUAUAGUGAAAUUGAUUUCAGCUUUAUGUUUUUAUCUCGAUUACAUAUAUAAUAAAAUAUUUAUUUUUAUUGUUAAUGUGACCAAAUGUUUCAUAAAAGAGGAUAGUUUUCCCAAUCCUUUCAAAAGUUAAUAAAGAUUUCUCACAAUAACUAUCAUAAAAUAUGAAGAUCCAUUUACUAAUAUGUCCUAAUAAAAAUUCAAAAAUAUAACAAGGUUAUUCUAAUAUUUUUAACCUUAUAAUUCAGCAAAUAUGUUUGAUAAAAUGUCAAAAUUGGAUAUUCUUUAAAAAUACAAUACUUACAAGUUAGCCAUUAUCAAUUAGAGCAACAAACCUUUCCUCAAACUUUCCAAAAGUUCCUAUCAAAUGAUCCACUGUACUCAAUUGUGGCAUCCACAUUCUUCUUCACCGUUGAGCGUUUUCUUUUGCUUCACUUUCUUCCUCCCCACAGUAUCUUUGAGCAGUCACUCAGCGACUCUUUCCUUGGAAACGAUUAUAUCCUCAGCCUCUCCACAGCUGAGUCUCUCUUCUGCCUUAAAAAAUCGUUAAAGUACACUGCAUUUUUCACAUGAUAUUCCCACUGAAAAAGACAAACAGGAACACGAUAUAUUAAAGCUGUAAAUUCAGAUUAAGGCUACAUAUAUGUUUGAGUUUUGAAAUAUUAUAUCUCACCUUUUCAUAGGAGGUCAAACAACCCAUAAUAACACGGCACACAAAAAUUAACAACCAAGGAUCUCUUGUGAAUGAAAUAGAUAUUGACACUGUCUAUAGACUCCUAAAUUUUUUAGCAACAGACCAUUUCCCCCAAUUUCAUCAAACUAUGCUGGAGUCCAAUGUGGGGACAACGUAGCAUUCAAUUUUUUUUGAGCCCAAACUAUUGCAAAAGACAAGAUGGCAAAGAUCAGGGCCUAUUCAGGUGGGAGUGCUUUAUUUGAACAUGGUAAAAAAAAACUAUUGGGAUUUUAGAGAAGAUAGAAUUUAUUUUACACAUGGUAAAACAGUACCCAAGUUAGACUAUAAAUGACCUUCUCCUCCAAAAAAACAUUUAUAAAUGAAUCUAAUUUUUUAUAAUAUUGGCCAUAUAAAUCUUUUGUUACUCAUGUAUAGUGGAAUUGAUUUCAUCUUUAUGUUUUAUCUCAAUUACAUAUAUAAAAUAUUAAUUUUUAUUGUUAAUGUGACCAAACGUCUCAUAAAAAAAGGAUAGUUUUCCUAAUCCUUUCAAAAAUUAAUAAAGACUUAUCACAAUAACUAUCAUAAAAUUUGAAGAUCCAUUUACCAAUAUGUCCUAAUACAAAAUACAAAAACAUAACAAGGUUAUUCUAAUAUUUUUAGCCUUAUAAUUCAGCAAAUAUGUUUAAUAAAAUGUGCAAAUUGGAUAAUCUUUAAAAAUACAAUACUUACAAGUAGCCAUUAUCAAUUAGAGCAACCAACCUUUCCUCAAACUUUCCUAAAGCUCCUAUCAAGUUAUCCACCAUACUCAAUCGUGGGAUCCACAUCAUUCUUCCAUCGUUGAGUGUUUUCUUUUGCUUCACUUUCUUCCUCCCCAUAGUAUCUUCGAGCAGUUACUCAGCGACUCUUUCCUUGGAAUCGAUCAUAUCCUCAGUCUCUCCACAGCUGAGAGUCUCUUCUGCCGUAAAAAGAUCGUUAAAGUACUCUUCAUUCCUCACAUGAUCUUUCCACCGACGAAGACAAACAGGAACACACUACACUAAAACUGUAGAUUCAGAUUAAGGCUACAUCUAUGUUUGAGUUUUGAGAUAUUAUAUCUGACUUUUUCAUCGGAGGUCGAACAACCCAUAAUAAAAUGGCACACAAAAAUUAACAUUUAAAGAUUCUUGUGAAUGAAAUCGAACUUAACACUGCCUAUAAACUCCUAAAUUGUAUAGUAACAAACCCUUUGCCCCACAUUCAUCAAACUAUGCUGGAGUCCGAUUAGAGUGAGAGAUUUUUUGCAAUUUGACUCGUCACUUAAACAAAAUUCUCAAAACUACCAAUAAUUUUAAUAAAAUCUAGGUAAACCCUCUAUUCGACUAUCAACCUGCUAUUCAACCCACCCAAAUUUAUGAGUAGUCUUGUAAAUUUUAUCUAAGUGAUGGGUUAAAUUGAAAAUAACUUUAAAACAAAUAUACAAUAAAGGAUCAAAAAAAACCUUGACCUGGUACUUUUUUUGAAGUUUAAAUUAACUUCUAACAAACACUAAUAAUAUAAUUAAUUAUAUAAUUAAUAAGUAACCUUUGACUAACUAUGUGAUUUCUCUUCUAUUUUUUUUUUACUUUUUUCAAAAUUAUGUUUGGUCAACAAUAAAAAAAAAUUAUAAUACAAGAAGCAUUUAUAGAAAAAAAAAAUUUUAUAAUAGUUUCUGCAAAAUCUGAGUAUGAAAUAUAAUUACCCACAGUAAAACUAAUUUAAAAUACUUCCACAUAUAAUGAAAUCAAAUUCACUUUUGACCACCAUUACUUGACCAUUACUCCCCAUAUAAGUUUCCUAAUUAAUGCAUAAUGCAUUUAUGUGUAUAUAUCGUACUAUAUAUAUAUCUGCACAUUUGAUAUUUUAGAUACAUUUUAUUUCUAACAAAAUAAUCUAUAUUGAUUAAUCAAAAUAAUGAGUCGCUUCUCAUUUUUUUUGUUUUUUAUAGUAUUGCUUGUUGGUUUCAGUAAUGGGAAGCUUUGGGCUGCAAAUUUCAUACAGUUUAAAAACUCUCUUGGUCCGCAAAACAAGAUCUAUAUUUUUUGUGGAGGCAACGUAGCAUUUAUUUUUUUUUUGAACCCUGGAGAAACCUAUAAUUUUUCUUUUCAUGGUUAUAUUUUUAAAAAGAAUGUAAUAGAUUGUGCCAUAACACAAAAUCUUGCAAAAGACAAGAUGGCAACGAUUAGGGCCUAUUCAGGUGGGAGUGCUUUAUUUGAACAUGGUAAAAGAAACUAUUGGAAUUUUAGAGAAGAUGGAAUUUAUUUUACACAUGGUAAAGCAGUCCCCAAGUUAGACUAUAAAUGGUCUGCUCCACCAAAAUAUUUUUUUAAAUGAUUCUAAAUUUUUUUUAAUAAUGGCCAUACAAAUCUUUUGUUACUCAAAUAUAGUGGAAUUGAUUUCACCUUUAUGUUUUAUCUGAAUUACAUAUAUAAUAAAAUGUUUAUUUUUAUUUUGAA